AUGGAAGAGAGCACUAUUUCAAAAAGGCACCCCAAUUCCACCAAUACCGAGUUGCCCUGUGUGUCUAAACCUGGCCUGGAAGAAAAAGGAAAAGAAGAAGAAUACAAUGACGUCGACCGAACAAUUCAUAGACUGGCAAGCCGUGUCUCACGACACACCGUGGCCUCGGACGUGACCAGGCCCUACAACGCUAUUUUUCAUCCCCUCCCCGGCUCGGAUCUCGACCCACAGUCCUCAAGUUUCGACACUCGGGCUUGGGUGGAAGCGCUCGUCCGAUACGAGAGCGAGGAUCUCGAGUCAGGACGACGCCGUAAGUCCGGUGUCUCCUUCCGCAAUCUGGAUGUAUACGGCUUCGGCAUGUCCACCGACUAUCAGAAGACCGUGGGAAACAGCAUCCUGUCACUAAUGACGCAACGGCGCAAACGACGGAUCGAUAUCCUCCACGGCCUCGAGGGGCUGGUCAACGCCGGCGAGAUGCUUUUAGUGCUUGGGCCGCCGGGUUCGGGGUGUUCGACCCUGUUAAAGACAAUCGCUGGGCAAAUGGAAGGGUUGUUUUUGGGCGACGAGGCCAUGAUGAACUAUCGAGGCGUCUCCAGCAAAGAGAUGCACACAUACUUCCGAGGAGAGGCCAUUUUUGCAGGCGAGAACGACGUUCAUUUUCCGAUGCUGUCGGUGAGGGACACGCUGGCUUUCGCAGCCCAUGCCAGAGCACCACGAGAGUUGCCGGCCGGGCUGAAGGCUGAGGAAUUCUCCAUGCUCGUGCGGGACGUCAUCAUGGCCAUGUUCGGUAUCUCGCAUACGGCGAACACAGUGGUCGGGAAUGACUUCGUCAGAGGGAUCAGUGGAGGAGAACGGAAACGAGUGAGCAUUGCCGAAGCAUCGCUGAGCGACGCCGCGUUGCAAUGCUGGGACAACAGUACGCGCGGGCUGGACAGCGCCAAUGCAGUGGAAUUCUGCAGAACGCUUCGCACGGCCACCGAGCUUUUACAAUCCACCGUCCUGGUGUCCCUGUAUCAAGCGCCCCAGGAGGCAUAUCAUCUUUUCGACAAGGUCACAGUCCUGUAUGAAGGACGGCAGAUUUUCUUCGGGCAGACAUCUGAAGCACGCACAUAUUUUGAAGAGUUGGGUUUUGAGUGCCCCGAGCGACAGACAACGCCGGACUUCCUCACCUCAAUGACCAGCCAGAAGGAACGUCUCGUGCGGCCAGGGUUUGAAGAUACAGCCCCACGCACAGCAACAGAAUUCGAGGAAAGAUGGAAGAAAAGCCACCAGCACCAACAGCUGAUGCUUCGAAUUGAGGCGUACGAAAGUAAAUUCAGACUGGGAAGCAAAUGUCUAGACGAGUUCGUGGCCUCACGCAGGGCCCAACAGGCAAGCGGCCAAAGAAUGAAGUCGCCGUAUACGCUGUCAUACAUGCAACAGACGCGUUUGUGUCUUUGGCGGGGUUGGAAACGCCUGCUUGCUGAUCCCUCCUUGGCGUAUAUCCAGCUUGGAGGCAAUACCAUCAUGGCCCUGGUCUUGGGCAGCAUCUUCUUCAAUCUACACAACGACACGAACAGCUUCUAUGGCCGAGGAGGGUUGAUCUUCUUCGCACUACUGCUGAGCGCUUUUGCCAGUGUUCUUGAGAUCUUGACGCUCUACGAGCAACGGCUGAUUGUAGAGAAACAUCAUCAGUUUGCUCUCUACCAUCCAUCUGCCGAGGCUGUCGCCAGUAUGCUAACUGACAUCCCAUAUAAAUUGCUCAACACGCUGUGCUUCAACCUCACGUUAUAUCUCAUGGCGAACCUACGGCGUGAAGCCGGGCCCCUUUUCUUUUUCAUUUUUGUUGCGUUCCUCAGCACAAUAGUGACAUCCAGCCUGUUCCGGACAAUUGCAUCCGUAUCGCGUACCAUGUCGCAGGCGAUGGUGCCAGCCGCUUUACUGGUCCUAGGCUUGAUCAUGUACACCGGCUUCACGAUGCCAACCAUGUACAUGCCUGGAUGGUCACGGUGGAUGGCCUAUGUCAAUCCGCUCAGUUAUGCCUUCGAGUCUCUGAUGAUCAAUGAGUUCCAUGAUCGCGCAUUCUCAUGCUCGGUCGUCGUUCCCUCGGGGCAGGACUACAGCGCCAUCAGCAUCAAUAACCGGGCCUGUGCGGAGGUCGGAAACACACUUGGCUCGACGACAAUCCAGGGAGACAUAUACAUCAACGACAAAUUCCAAUAUUACCAUUCCAACAAAUGGCGCAACGUGGGAAUCCUCGUCGCCUUUUGGGUUAUCUUCACGGUCGCCUACCUGGCGGCAACCGAGCUGCUCAGUAUGGCUAAGAGCAAAGGUGAAGUUCUCAUCUUCCGCCGAAGCCAUUUCGUCAACAAGAAAUCCACACGCCGAAUGGCCGAGGCCGACGACGAAGAGGCCCUCGGCGCCGAAAUGGCCACGAUGGAGCAGCCAGCCGCGAGAGACGAGACGCAAGUUCCCUCCCAUGAUGGCCAGAUCUUCCAAUGGCAAGACGUAUGUUACGAUAUCAAGAAUAAGGGAGAGGUCCGGCGUAUCUUGGACCACGUCGACGGGUGGGUUCAACCUGGAACUUUGACCUCCUUGAUGGGUGUUUCCGGUGCCGGCAAAACAACUCUUCUCAACGUUCUCGCCAACCGCGUCACGACCGGCGUCGUCACCGGCACCAUGCUUGUCGACGGCAGGCCCAGCGGUGCCUCCUUCCAGCGAAAAACAGGCUACGUGCAGCAGCAAGAUGUUCAUCUCUCGACCUGCAGUGUACGCGAGUCACUUGAGUUCAGUGCACUUCUCCGCCAGUCGGCGAGCGUCUCGCGAGAGGAGAAACUCGCCUACGUGGACGAAGUGAUCAAGCUGCUCGAGAUGGAAGAGUACGCGGAUGCCAUCGUUGGCGUCCCUGGUGAAGGAUUGAACAUCGAGCAGCGCAGACGUCUCACCAUUGGCAUCGAGCUGGCCGCGAAGCCCGAGUUGCUCCUGUUUCUGGACGAACCGACCUCCGGACUGGACUCGCAGACCUCGUGGGCGAUUUGCCAACUGCUGAAACGACUUGCAUGCAGUGGCCAGGCAAUUCUAUGCACAAUCCACCAGCCAUCUGCCAUUCUGUUCCAGGAAUUCGACAACUUGCUGCUUCUCACGAAAGGUGGGAAAACCGUAUACUUUGGAGAAAUCGGCGAGAGCUCGGCAGCUCUCAUCCGAUAUCUAGAGUGUAAUGGAGCAAGCCCGUGCCCUCCUGACGCUAACCCGGCCGAGUGGAUGUUAACCGUGAUCGGCGCCGCACCUGGGUCGCAAACCACAGUCGAUUGGCCGAAAGUCUGGCGAGACUCGCUUGAAUAUCAGUCCGUCAAGGUGAAACUACACGAAAUUCGAACCUCGAGGGCUACCAUAGGUGGCAACCUACAAAUGCACCCAUCCAGUUACUCAAACAACGGGUCGUAUGCCGCAUCAUUUCUGGCGCAGUGGUGGUUCGUUCAGAAACGUGUUGCGGCGCAAUAUUGGCGAACGCCGUCGUAUAUUUAUUCCAAAAUCGCCCUUACAGUGGCCUCCGCUCUAUUCAUCGGUUUCAGCUUUUACAAUGCGCGUAAUACUAUUCAGGGACUACAAAACCAGAUGUACGCCGUGAUGAUGCUAUUAAGUAUGUUCGGACAGCUCAGCGAGCAGAUUAUGCCCCAGUUCAUCAACCAGCGGGAAAUUUACGAAGCGCGCGAGAGGCCAUCCAAGAUAUAUGAUUGGAAAGUCUUGAUGAUGAGUAACCUCGUGAUUGAGAUCUUCUGGAACACCUUGAUGGCCGUGAUGGCCUACUUUUGCUGGUACUAUCCCAUCGGACUAUACCAGAACGCCGUUUCCACGCACGAAGUCAUCUCCCGCGGCGGUCUGGUGUUCUUGUUUAUCUGGGCAUUUAUGAUGUUCACCAGUACCUUCACGCACAUCCUCAUUGCUGGGAUUGACAGUGCCGAUUCGGCUGGGAGUGUUGGGAACGUCUGCUAUAUGCUGUGUAUCUCCUUCUGCGGCAUCCUCGUCAAAAAGGCUUCCCUGUCCGGAUUCUGGACAUUCAUGUACUACGUAUCCCCGUUCACGUGGCUCGCAUCCGGUCUUCUUUCGACUGGUGUAGCUAACACAAGGAUCGUGUGUGCAUCCAAUGAGUAUGUCAAAUUCCUUCCGCCGGCGGGACAGUCGUGCGGCUCAUAUAUGGCCUCCUAUAUCUCCUCGUCCGGUGGGUAUUUGAUUGAUCCAUACAACACCGAGCACUGUGAAUUUUGCCAACUGAGCAAUACGAAUGAGUAUCUCGGCACGGUCAACAUCCGAUACGAGGAUCGCUGGAGGAAUUUGGGCAUUGUCCUGGUGUAUGUUGUGGUUAAUGCCGUGGGUGCUUUGGGUGUGUAUUGGUUAGUUCGGGUGCCAAAGAGAAAAGGGGGUUUGGGGAAGCGGAAGGAAGAAUGA